AUGAAGGUGUGGAUUUUGCAAUUGAUGGCAGUACGAUUAUGGGUGGGACUUCAUCACCAUUUCCUGGCAAACGCUCAUGACAUUUAUCCAAAUCCAGAGCCUAAGGCCAUAAUCGAAAUGAAUGCCACCGAUGAAGAUUGGGAGGUUAACUUUAAUGAAGCAAAAUCCUUGGUCAUUACUGGGCUAAAUGGUCUCUGCUUGGAAGUAUACAGAUUCGCUCCAAAGUUAGUGACAUGCAAAGAAAACGCAGCAGAGCAAAGAUGGCAAUUCCAUACAGAUGGUACUAUACGGCCUGAAACGCAACCACUCAAGUGCCUGACUGCUAAUGAACUCAAACAAAGAGGAAUUGUUGUCAUUGUCCAAUGUAGCUACAGUUCGUCUGCUUAUACAGUUUGGCGAUAUAGAUACACUGAUCAUGCCAUUGUCAAUAGGGCCAGUAACAUGGUGUUGGAUGUGA